AUGAACGAUAUUGAAGCACAACACACACUCCGCCUCUUGCUCCAGCCCACUCAAAUCUGCGAUGUAUUCGUUAAGCCUACAAAUCGCUUUCUCGGUAUCGGCGGUUCCCUCUUUCUUCACGAGAAGCGGAAUCCCGUCAGCCUUGAGCAGAGCGUGAUCAGCCGCCAGGCGAAAGUCCUGGACGGCAGCGUCAAUUUCCAGCUUCAUUUUCUGCCGACGGAAGCUGCUGUCUCAACUGCCGUGGCUUUUUUGCAGAUGAAGCAUCACUGGCCCCCCUCAGCGGAGCAUUAUCAGCCGACAGGCGAAGCUCCCGGAUGGCAGGCUGAUUUUGUGCUUCGGUUUCUGCCGGCGGCCGGAAGACGAAAGCUACUGCCGCAUUCGCUGAAGCUUGCCUGCGAUUUCAUUUUCUCACUACCCACGCUGGAUGAAAUUUGGAUCAUUUUAAAAAAAACUGACUUGACCACGUCUGCAUUCUUUUGCAAACAUGAAAAACGAACAGGGGUGGGAUUGGUGAGAGGGGCCAGAGGUCCGAUAAAUUAG